AUGUCGGAUAGGGUUGACUGGUUACAAAGCCAAAAUGGGGUAUGCAAAGUUGAUGCCUACCCACCUGGGGACGGCCUACCCCAGGACUGGAAAAUGGAAGCCUCGACUGAUCCUGUCAGAGUGCUCAGCUGGCUCCGCAAAGACCUGGAAAAAAGUACAGCAGGGUUCCAAGACGUUAGGUUCAAGCCUGGAGAAUCAUCAUUUGAUGGGGAAGUGACCAACUCAGGAGACCCACAAAAGGGUUUCAUUGUAGACUACUACAAUACAUUUAAUAAGGACAAUCCAGGAAGACUUCAUUUUGAGGUGACUCACAGAGAUAACCCUCUCCCAGGCCCCAGUGCCCAAGUUGGUAAUGAGAGUACAGUAGAUGAAGUUUCCUUCUAUGCUAACCGCCUCACAAAUUUAGUCAUAGCCAUGGCCCGCAAGGAGAUCAAUGAAAAGAUUGAUGGCUCUGAAAACAAAUGUGUCCAUCAGUCAGUAUACAUGGGGGAUGAACCCCCACGCAAAAGCCUGAGUAAAGUGGCAUCAGAGCUGGUGAAUGAGACUGUCUCCGAAUGUUCCAAGGAUAUUGCCUCGGAUAAGGUUCCUGGCUCUGGUGACAGAGCAGGAUUAUUACAGAGUCCCGCAAAUUUGAAAUACAAGACCACUUUGAAGUUUAAGGAAAGCAAGGGUCCAGAUAGCAAGCCUGCUUCUAAGAAGUCUUUCUUCUAUAAAGAAGUGUUUGAAUCUCGUAAUGCAGGUGAUUCCAAAGAGGGUGGAAGGUCCUUGCCUGGGGAAAGAAAGAUCUUCAGAGGGCAAGAAAGGCAUAAUGAUUUUACAACUUCCGUUAGUCAAAAGAUCAUGACCUAUGCUAACAGUGUAGUGUCUGAUAUGAUGGUCUCCAUCAUGAAGACCCUGAAAAUCCAAGUGAAGGACACAACCAUUGCCACCAUCCUGCUGAAGAAGGUACUGAUUGGGCAUGCGAAAGAGGUGGUGUCAGAUCUAAUUGACUCCCUCAUGAAGAACCUCCACAAUGCCACAGGGACCCUCAUGACUGAUACAGACUUUGUCUCAGCUGUGAAGAGAAGUCUCUUCUUUCAUGGAAGCCAGAAGGCCACAGAUAUCAUGGAUGCUAUGCUGUGGAAGCUAUACAAUGUGAUGUUUGCCAAGAAACCUCCUGAGAAUAUCAGGAAAACCCAGGACAACUCUGAGAGUUAUUCCCUCAUCUCCAUGAAAGGAAUGGGGAAAAACCCAAAGGUGAAUUUUGCAACAAUGAAAACUGAAGGUAAACUGAGGGAAAAAAUGUACUGUCCUCCAUGCCAACCAGAGAAGACGUGUGCUGAAACUUUGGGUGAACAUAUUAUCAAAGAGGGCCUGACUUUGUGGCAUAACACUCAGAGAAGAGAAGGAAAAUCUCCAGAUUUUCCAUGUGCAACAUUUGGAGCUCCCAACAACCAGUAUAAUCCUGCACCAGACUUUCCCCUGGGAUAUCCUCUGGAUACUUGCAACCUCAUCCCCCCUAUGCAAAACCUAGAUAACCCUGAGAAUUUUGUGUGUGAUUCAGACUCCUGGGCCAAGGACCUGCUUGUAUCUGCCUUACUUCUGAUUCAAUACCACCUGGCCCAGGGAGGAAGCAUGGAUACACAGAGUUUCCUUGAAGCUGCUAGUAGAACCAACUUUCCCUCCAAGAUCCCUGUAGUUCCUGAUGAGAUCAACUGUAAGUCUCCACAUAUGGAAGGUAACCAAGAAGAAACAGAGAAGAAGGAUCUGAUGAGUGUUUUCUUCAACUUUAUCCGGAAUUUACUUAGUGAAACCAUUUUCAAGAAUGACUGUAGCUCUGAACCCAAGGUGCCAGAAAAACCAGUUAAGGAAGACCUGUGUGGAAGAUCUGUAACCCCUUCUCCCAUCAAACUAAGUGAAUGUGAUGAUGCUGGUGGUACCUUUGCUGGGCUGACCAAGAUAGUUACCAACCAGCUAGAUAGCCACAUGAAUGGGAAGAUGAUAGAACAUCUGAUGGACUCAGUGAUGAAGUUGUGUCUCAUUAUUGCCAAGUCCUGUGACUCUCCCUUGGCAGAGCUGGGAGACGAUAAGUCUGGGGAUGCCAGCAGGCCAAGUUCAACCUUCCCAGAUAGUUUCUAUGAGUGCUUACCAGUCAAGGGCACAGGGACAGCAGAGGCUGUCUUGCAGAAUGCCUAUCAAGCUAUUCAUAAUGAAUUGAGAGGUGUAUCAGCACAGCUCCCUGAAGGGUGUGCAGCACCCAAAGUGGUUGUCAGCAAUCAUAACAUAAUUGAUACAAUUCAGAACAAGCAACUCCAAGCCGUACUUCAAUGGGUAGCUGCCUCUGAGCUUAACGUCCCUAUUUUGUACUUUGCUGGUGAUGAUGAAGGAAUCCAAGAGAAGCUGCUUCAGCUCUCAGCUGCCGCCGUGGACAAAGGCCGCAGCGUAGGGGAGGUUCUGCAGUCAGUGCUGCGCUACGAGAAGGAGCGACAACUGGACGAGGCAGUGGGAAAUGUCACACGGCUGCAGCUGCUGGAUUGGCUGAUGGCGAACUUGUGA